ACCCCUGCGCGCACAACCAACCACCGUCUUCAGUCGCAUCACCACCAUGUCAGAGCGCGACCGACGCGAGCGAGAUAGGGAUAGGGACCGUGAUCGUGAUAGACGCCGCGAUAGAGAUGACCGCGGCCGUGAUCGUGACAGAGAUAGAGAGCGUGACCGUGACCGAGGGCUGAGGAGCAAGAAAUCCCGAUCUCGCACUCCAGACCACCACCACGCUCGUCCUCCUCGCCACGCACGCUCUCCGGAGAGGUAUCGUUCCCGCUCCCGCUCGAUUGACCGUGACCGUAAUCGACACCACAGGCGCAGGACUCCCUCUCCGUCUCGGAAACGGCCUCGCCAGGGCUCAGAGGAAGACGAGAAGGAGAGAAGCCGCAAAAAAACCGCGUCUGACUCCGUCGACGAGGUCGCUAAACCGCUUGCUAAGAAAAACGAUAAACAACCGAGCGGCGGCGGCGGCGGAGGCGAAACAACCGCGGCGGAGGAGGAGGAGGAAGGGAUGGAUGUGAACGAGAUGGAGAUGAUGAAGAUGUUAGGGAUUCCAACGGGAUUCGACUCGACGAAAGGGAAGCAUGUUGAAGGAGCUGAUGUGAGUGGGAUUAGGGCUGUUACCAAGCGGCAGCCGAGGCAGUACAUGAACCGUCGCGGUGGCUUUAACCGUCCUUUGCCUGCUGAGCGUAACCGCUAAGAUGAUUGCUCAAGAUGAUGAGAGUUUGAGCUGCAUUUCCAAGUUAGUCUUUUACCGCAAUUCUACCCUAAACCCCAGGCUCUGUUCUAAUCUCCUUUAGAGAUCAAACAUGUACUCUUAAGAAUUUAGAAAACAUCUCUUGAGUUCUUUCUUAUUUUUGGGGGUGGAUUUGGAGUUGUUUAUGUCAUGGAUGUAAUCUUUCAGACUAUGAUUUAGUUGAAAUUAUGCAUGUUGGUUUUGAUU